CAGCAACACAUCAAUUUUAGAGGGGAGCAAGUAUCCCAAAAAAUAAUAAUAAUAAUAGUAGACUACGUACAAAGUAAUGUACGUGUAACUCCUUUUCCUAUAAAAACAAGGUUACCGUAGGGUACCUCCAAGUCCUAUACUAACAAGGCUACCUCAGAUUAUACUAGGGUUGUCUAUAUAAGGCUACCCAACGUGGAUGAUAAUUUCCAAGGUUCAAUGACGCAUAGUAGAUUGGUAAGUAACUUAGCGGCAGAUGGCCGGGAACGAUCAGACUUCCCGGUCGUAUGCGAAUCAUGCCUUGGUGACAAUCCCUACGUCCGCAUGACGCGUGCCUAUUUCGACAAAGAGUGCUUCACCUGCUGUCGUCCCUUCACAGUUUUCCGGUGGAAACCCGGCCGGGAUGCCCGCUACAAGAAGACGGAGAUCUGCCAGACCUGCAGUAAGGUUCGAAACGUUUGUCAGGUUUGCGUCUUAGAUCUCCACACCGGCUUGCCCGUUCAGGUUCACAACACUGCUCUCGGCGUCAACCCAAACGACGCCGUCCUGCCCAAGAGCGACGUCAACCGAGAGUAUUUCGCCGAGGAAUAUGACCGUAGGGUUAGGGCUUCUGGUAUUAUCGAUCCCUACGAACAAGAGUACGGAAAGGUGAGGACAAAUGACACUAUUCUCAAGCUUCAGAGGACGACGCCGUAUUAUCAAAGAAACCGAGAGCAUGUGUGUAGUUUUUAUACUCGUGGCCAGUGCACUAGAGGUACUGAGUGUCCUUUCCGCCAUGAGAUGCCUAUAACUGGGGAGUUGGCAAACCAGAAUAUCAAGGACCGGUUUCAUGGGGUCAAUGAUCCGGUGGCUUUGAAGCUGCUUAGAAAGGCUGGAGAGAUGGGGUCCUUGGAGCCUCCUGAGGACGAGAGUACUAGAACUUUAUAUGUGGGGGGUGUGGUUGAUGGGAGAGUUUCGGAGCAGGACUUGAGAGAUUGCUUCUGGGUUCAUGGCGACAUCGAAUCGAUUAAGAUAGUUGGACAAAGAGGAUGUGCUUUUGUGACAUAUACAACGAGAGAUGGUGCGGAGAAGGCUGCGGAUGAGCUUUGUAAUAAGGUGGUGGUGAAGGGUUUGAGAUUGAAGUUGGCAUGGGGUAGACCUCAGGCGCCGCGAGUGCAGGAUGAGGGAGUUAGUGGACAGCCGGAGGCCGCUUAUGGUGGGUGGUUUCCUCAACAAGACCAAUCUGUCGCACAGCAAUACUACUAUAUGCCGCCACCACCUUCACAAGGGGGGACAUCAUUGUAUCCAUCAAUGGAUCCUCAAAGAAUGGGUGCCCUUGUUGAGUAG